CUGGUCUCCGUGGUUUCCCCGGAAGUAGGCAGUAGGCCGGGCAGGAUUCCGAUGUCCGGUUGUCAGCAGGCCCGCCGGUGUGUGUGACAUUGUCGGGGGUCCCCUCCUCCUCCGUCCCCAAUGCCCGAGCAGGGUCCGAGGAUGAACGGCUUCUCUCUGGGGGAGUUGUGUUGGCUCUUCUGCUGCCCGCCGUGCCCGAGCCGUAUCGCCGCCAAGCUGGCCUUCCUCCCUCCGGAGCCCACCUACACGGUACGGGAGACGGAGGUGACGGCGGGAGGAGGUCAGACGUCGGCGGAGGGUGAGGCUGCGGCGGGGGGAGGAGAGGUGGCGGUGCCCCCCCCGUGUAGUUUGCACCUGACGGAGCGGGCGGACUGGCAGUAUUCUCAGCGGGAGCUGGACGCGGUGGAGGUGUUCCGGUGGAGGACGGAGAGGGGGAGUUGUCUGGGUUGUAUGUUCGUCCGAUGUGCCCCGGGGAGCCGGUACACCCUCCUCUUCUCACACGGGAACGCGGUGGAUCUGGGACAGAUGUGUUCCUUCUAUAUCGGCCUGGGAUCCCGGAUCAACUGUAACGUCUUCUCCUAUGACUACUCCGGCUACGGGGUGAGCUCCGGCCGCCCCAGCGAGAAGAACCUCUACGCCGACAUCGAGGCCGCCUGGCAUGCCCUCCGCACCCGAUAUGCUGUCAGCCCUGAGAACAUUAUCCUGUAUGGUCAGAGUAUCGGCACCGUUCCUACAGUAGACCUGGCCUCACGCUACGAAUGUGCAGCCGUCAUUUUGCACUCCCCUCUCAUGUCUGGACUGCGUGUUGCUUUUCCUGAUACAAGGAAGACCUAUUGUUUUGAUGCCUUUCCCAGUAUUGACAAAAUAACAAAGGUCACCUCUCCGGUGCUGAUAAUUCAUGGAACGGAAGAUGAAGUGAUUGAUUUCUCCCAUGGCCUGGCAAUGUACGAGCGCUGCCCCCGAGCCGUAGAGCCACUCUGGGUGGAAGGAGCAGGGCACAAUGACAUAGAGCUGUAUGCACAAUAUCUAGAAAGACUAAAGCAGUUCAUUUCUCAUGAGCUGCCCAACUCCUGAGAGAUUCCUCCAGUUUUACCUCAGUUACUGUGAAUGGCAGAAGCGACAAGUCUGAGAAGACCUGUCCACUACGGUGCUGGGCAUUCUCUUUACAACACUGCCCAAAGACACCCUCAAUGGGGUUAAAUGAUGCUGAUCAAGCAUCCGGUGGCACCUGUCUUUCUUUAUUUUUUAUUGUCCAUGUGCUAUCAGCUGCUGUAACUUAAUCUCAUCCUUUAGAAGAGUCCGGGUGGACCUGGAACCUCUUUUUUUCUAGAGCACACUUUAUAUUCUGGAACAUGUUUACACAUCAUCAUUUUGAAGGACGCCAUUUUACCACAGGUUAAACCCAAUCGCAAUAGCUGUGGGUUAGUCGGCUAUGUUUUCUGGAUCUGGUGUACAGCCUUACCUGAUAAUCUGUAUCUUCUUUAAUGGAUGAUCUCUUUUUAUUUUAACUCAAUCAAAUCAAUUGUAUAAUGUGGUAUCUUGAUGGGGCAUUCUUCUGAUUUGUAAUUUUCCUUUUGCUGUUUUUUUUUUCCAAGAAGAUAUUUAUCCACAAUAAAUUAUUUCAAGUUAUUAAGCUGUAAGAAAACAAACUGAAUAGAAUUCAUAGAUCAAGAAUUUAACUCUAAGACAUUAUGAAUGCCACUUAUGGGAUAUUUGUGUAAGCAAAAUGUAAUGUUAAACUGUAAAUGUGAAAAUGUAUUUCUAGAAGAAUGAUCGGAUUUCAUCUGGCUUUCUUUUUUGUGAUUCUUAAUUUCUUUUCCAAAGCUCUGUUCCUCUUUUUUCUCUCAUGUACGUUUUUUUUUUUCCAUCACUAGGAUUUAUGGUUUUGUCUUGUUCUGUCAUUUUUUCUUUAUUUCGUUCUUAGGCACAGAAAAGACUGCUCUGGUUUUUUAAAACUACUUUAAUGGGUUUUCUUAAGUUUUUAUCCCUGAAUUAAUUUUUUGCUAUUAAGUGAUUUUUUACAAUACUUUCUGGGAGAAGAACAUUUCUGAAGAAAAUUCAAAAUCCCCUUUGUAAUAUCUUUUCCCUUUUUGACACUGGAAAGGCACAAAAAUAUGUAUAUAUAGAUAUAUAUAUGUUUAAAGGGCAACACUACAUUCUCUGGUCUGUAAAUUGAGUCUUUGCUGGGGGUAUAAAGGCUCAGUUGGUCUUUUGGCUGCCGAGGCCAUAAGGGACUGCUUAUACAAUGCCUCCUGCAAUAAAGAGGAUUGUAGGCCUGAAAUAAUAAUAUACUGUGAGUCUAGGAAUUUGUUUUGUCAAAUGAACAGGAUAUGCUCUGAUUUGUUUCUUGUUGCUUGAGGACAGUAUGUUGGAAUAAAGGAUGCAUGGAACGGAAAAA